UCCACUCACCAACCGUUCUAUCAACAGUCCACACCUCUCUCUCUCUCUCUCUCUCUCUUCAUAGCUGGACUGUGUCCACCAAAAGAGAACUCAUCCCAAAGCCACUUAAGCAUAACACAAUCUUUCUCUCUCAUCCCUGUCUAUGAGACUCCACAUCCCCUUUCCUAUUGCCUGCCUAUAUAUCUCCCAUCACAAACAUCUGCCAACUCCCUUCCGAGUGUUCCUCCUUGGGCUCUAUUACCUUUCCACUCUCUGCAUCCAUCCAUCAUCACUUGAGGUUUCUGCCAUGGCAUCGGCAGCGGAACCUUCAGAACCUCUCAAUUACAAGACUUGGGUGUUGAAGGUUUCCAUCCACUGUGAAGGAUGCAAGAGGAAGGUGAAGAGAAUCCUUAAAAGCAUUCCAGGUGUUUAUGAUGUGGAGGUCGAUGCGCGGCAGCACAAGGUGACAGUCAAGACCGUGGUGGACGCCGAAACGCUCAUCAAGAGGCUGGGGAAGUCCGGGAAGCACGCUGCGCUGUGGCCGGAGAAAAAGCCUGGAAAUCAGAGCCCCGGCAAUGGCGAAACUACCAAGAAGAAAGAGGACAAAGAAUCUUCUGUAUCCAAAGAGCCAGCAGAGAGCUCUGAGAAGAAGUCGAUCCCAUCUGAGAGUAGCUCUGCUUC